AUGUCGGAGGCUCAGCCCGCCGCCCCUGUGCCCUUUGUUUCACCAGUAGCAGAACCUUUGCUGGACGGGAAGGCGCUUCGUCGUUCCCUGAAGUUGAUACAAGCAGUGUCUGUGGUGGAGAGGGGAUGCCGCUCCAAAAGCAAGGAGGGAUCUCGUCCUCGCAAGGCCGUUCGCCUCCUUCGCCGAGGCGUCCACGAAGUGACCAAGAGCCUUAAAAAGGGGGAGACUGGCAUCGUCUUCUUUGCUUCCGACGUGUAUCCUAUCGAGAUCCUCGCCCACAUUCCCAUUCUUUGCGAGGAGAAGGGCGUGCCGUAUGCAUAUAUUUGCCCCAAGAAGGCUCUAGGCCACGCCUUCCGCUCAAAGAGGCCAGCCAGCGUCAUUAUGUUGGCUCCGCCACCCUCCACAAGCAAGAAGGGGCUGGUGAACGAAGAGGGAGAGUCUAGGGAUGAGGAAAUCGAGGAUCUUCAAGGAGCGUUCGAGAAGGUCGAGAGGACCAUCCGGAAGAACCACCCUUAUCUCUAA